AUGUUAGACCGCAGUAUAAACAGGGUCAUGUCUCACCACGAGUGGUGCUGCUGCAGAAUGAACAUGUGUUUGUUUCAGUUCAUGAACACUGUCCGUCUGUGGGAUUUCAUCGAGGAGCGAGAGACCCGUGAGGCCCCGCCCAGUGGUGAUGUCACCCACGAGACCCCGUCCACUGAUGACGUCAACCGCGAAGCCCCACCUACUGAUUUCACCGCUCAGGGCGGUGUCACAGCUGAGGAGGAGGAGUUAAGCCGCCGUCUGCUGCAUCUGUCCACAUCAGACACAUAA